GUGCUGUGGAGCGUCCGGCGCGCAACUUCCAGGGUGCACGCGGCGAGGCACGCAGGGCCGCAUGGAGGCCACGGAGAAGCAGCAUCUGUUGGACGCCAGGCCUGGAGCCCGGUCUUACAGAUCUCUGUGGCAGGAUGGGCCUGGCUGGGUCCCUAUGUCCUCACCUGGCAUGGAUUUGCAGCCCAUUGAGAUGGCUACCAAGAGCAUCCAUUACUGUCAUGCCCAGAAGGGUCCUAGCAGUCAUUGCGACCCCAAGAAGAAGCAGGCCUGGCGCCAGCUCUGUGUGGCCUCUGCCUUCUGCCUGCUGUUCAUGAUUGGGGAAGUAAUUGGUGGUUACCUAGCACACAGCUUGGCAAUCAUGACAGAUGCAGCCCACCUGCUCACUGACUUGGCCAGCAUGCUCAUCAGCCUCUUCUCUCUCUGGAUGUCCUCCCGGCCAGCCACCAAGACCAUGAACUUCGGCUGGCAGCGAGCUGAAAUCCUGGGCGCCCUGCUCUCUGUGCUGUCCAUCUGGGUUGUGACUGGGGUACUGGUGUACCUGGCGGUGGAACGGCUCACCUCUGGGGACUAUGAGAUCGAGGAGGGAACCAUGCUGAUCACAUCGGGCUGUGCUGUGGUUGUGAACAUCAUAAUGGGGUUGAUUCUUCACCAGUCCGGCCAUGGACACAGUCAUGGCCAUGGGCACAGUCAUGGCCAUGGGCACAGCCACGACAGCAGCCAGCAGCAGGAGAACCCCAGUGUCCGAGCUGCCUUUAUCCACGUGAUUGGAGACUUUCUGCAGAGCUUGGGUGUUCUGGUGGCAGCCUAUAUUUUAUACUUCAAGCCAGAGUACAAGUAUAUAGACCCCAUCUGCACCUUCCUCUUCUCCAUCCUCGUCCUGGGAACAACCGUAACCAUCCUGAGAGAUGUGAUCCUGGUGCUGAUGGAAGGGACCCCCAAGGGCAUGGACUUCAUUGCUGUGCGGGAUCUGCUGCUGUCGGUGGAUGGGGUGGAAGGUUUGCACAGCCUGCAUAUCUGGGCGCUGACCGUGGCCCAGCCUGUCCUGUCUGUCCACAUCGCCAUCGCUCAGAACACAGACUCCCAGGCUGUGCUGAAGGCAGCCAGUGCCCUCCUGCAGGGGAAGUUCCACUUCCACACUAUGACCAUCCAGAUCGAGGACUACUCUGAGGACAUGAAGGACUGCCAGUCAUGCCAGGGCCCCUCGGACUGAUGGCUUGGCCACGCACCAACUGGGGCAUAGACAGGCCUGCAGAUGGCUGGACUGAGUGUUCCCCGGGCCCAGCCAGGACUCUGCCUCCCACCACUGUGUUAUAAACCAGGUGCCUCUCCUGAUGGCUGCUCCAUGUUCAGUGUGGAGAAGCCUUGUCCCACUCCAGGAAUGGACGGUUUCCCUGCCUCUGCCACCUGACUACAGCAGCCCCAGGAUGGGAACUCCGCAGGUGUAAAGCUAGCAUCAUCCCGCUCUUCCAGCAAACAGGUCAGCUCCUGGCAGGCCUGGGUUUGGGCCUAAUCCUCAAUUAAUGCUGUCCUACCACCAGCCUUGGAAAGGCAAUGAGGCGUAGUGAGCGGCGACAGACGGGAUACUGACUUCAAUGUCCCCUCACCUACUUGCCUCAUUUCUCAUUUUCAGUCUGUCUGGCCUUUGCCUUUUGAAUCUGUAAAGAAGUUUUGGAACAGAGCCCCCUCCCUCUGCCUCUAACAAUAUGGUUUUAGGAGGCCUUAGGUGUCGAGGAGUUGUGAGGACCCUGCACACUCAUGUGGGUCUGCCUGGGCUGGCCUGUGCCUUAGUCACUUCAGCUGUGUGCCAAAUGUUUCCUUUUCCUGGAGGGAGGGGGCUUCUGACUAGGUCAGAACUUGGCUGGUUUCCUCUUUCCUUAUUCCUCCAGCCCAGGGAGCUGAGCUAACACAAAGGUGCCCCAGUGGGAGGGCUGGAGGUGGAGAGGUUUCAGCUUGGGUCCUGCCCUAACAGCCCCACAGCCCUGGGCCACCUCUCUCGCCCUGAUAGUGUCUGAGGGGUCGAGGACACUCUGUUGCUGGUACAGCCUGGCCUGCUCAGAACUUGGGGGUAGAGAACACAGAAGGUACAACCUGAACCAGAGACCCCAGCUUCCUGGGGUGUGUGUGAAGAUUCCUGAAUUAGGGGGUGGCUGGUGUUUACAAGAUGAAGGGGGGGGGGACCUGUCCCCAGUCUCACAGAGGAGGCAGCAAUGCCCAGUCAUCAGGUGGCCCUAAUCAAGUGGUCUGUCUCUGCCCUCAGGGAGGUCAGAGCCUCUUGCGUCUACAGAAUGAGAAUGUUGACACCUACCUCACAGGGUUGUUGUGAGGACCAAAGCCAAAGUCCGCUGAGCA